UACGGCCGGCAUGGGGCUGGGCAUUCGGCGAGUUAUGUCAGGCGUCUCAAUGCCGGCGUCGGGGGAGUUUGGUUCCAGUGACAUUGGCUCAAGGCUACCUUUGUAUUCUCAAGUUCACAAUAGCAGCGAGGGCCCUGGUGCUGGUGCCCUUGCUGCAGGGACUGGGCCAAAGGCAAUUACCAAGCCGGCGGUGCGAGCAGAACUAAUGGCGGCCUGGCCUCGACGCCUAACAACGCAGUGUCAUCAAUUGCCCGGGUAGCGAUAACUUCCUCGGCAAUGCGCGCACAAAUGAAGUUUCCCCAGUUGCCCCCACCCCCCAGCACCGAUGAUGACGCUACUCAUUACAGCAGCGACCAUGGGAACGGCAACGCCAGCAGCGACGAUUGUCAGGGUCAUCGCUACAGGUACCAUGCGCACAGACCGUCUCGCUCACAGCGGUCGAGCUCUGGGAACGGCGCCCUGGGAGUCGGCAACACUGUGUCUUUCAACCUGGUCGUUUUGGCAAAGACAGCGCUGCUGCGAAUCAGCGUCAGCGACAUAACCCUGAUAAACAACACGGUGGUGAAUAUUUUGCAGACAAGCGAGAGUAUCAGGGAGCGGCGAGGCGCGCUGCAACUGGUUGGGUUGGUGGCGCAAAAGCACCCUGGGCUCCUGUAUCCGUUCCUCGAGGGGCUCGUGGCGACAAUCGUGCAGGCGAUUGAGCCGAAACACGCAACGUCGCGCAAGCUCUUGAUAGGGGCGGCGGGCGCGGCUCUGCAGGGCCUGGUGCGUGCGUAUCCGUGGGUGUCAUUCCACCCAGAGUCGCAGUGCCUGGCGGUUGGGUGAUUGAUGGGCGAUGCACGGCGUAUGAUUUGCGCACAGCCACACGAACGGCAAUUUACGAUACUCAGGCUGCAGCGCCUGUUGUGGCGGUG